UUCACAUGGUUUGAUAGUUACUAAAAUCCAUCAAUUUUGAUACUCUCCAUAUUGAUUGGACUCUCAACUGAACCAGAGCGGCCCCCUCAACCGCCACAGAAUAUUCCCGAUUUCCCAUUGAUGAAGCUCCAAAGCCACGAAAUCGAAGUUCAAGCUCCGUUGCUCCCGGAAUUCGAGCCAAUCAACGAUGACAGAUCGAUCUCCGGUGCAGUAUUCAACAUCUCGACGGGGAUGGUGGGGGCCGGGAUUAUGUCGAUUCCGGCCACGUUUAAGGUGCUUGGCGUGAUCCCCAGCUUCUUAGUGAUCCUGAUCAUGUCCUAUUUCGUGGAGGUUACCGUCGAGUUCCUGUUGAAAUACACGCAGUCAGGGCACUGCAACACGUAUGGGGAGCUCAUGGCUGAAUCGUUUGGGAAACCGGGAUCACUUGCGCUUCAGCUUUGCGUCGUCAUUACCAAUCUCGGCGCUUUGAUUAUUUAUUUGAUCAUCAUCGGAGAUGUUCUCUCGGGAAAUGAGUCCGACGGAACUGUCCAUUUAGGUGUGCUGCAGGAGUGGUUCGGCAUCCACUGGUGGAAUUCUCGCGCAUUCUCGUUGCUUCUGGUUGUACUUCUCGUCUUGCUUCCCUUGCUUCUUCUACGGCGCAUAGAUUCACUAAGACAUGCCUCAGCUAUAUCGGUACUACUAGCAGCGUUCUUUGUUGUCAUAUGCUCUGUGAUGGCAAUACAUGCGUUAUGGGUAGGGGAAACAAAAACCCCUAGACUGUUACCUGAUUUUUCUGGAGGUGUUUCCGCAUUCAGUCUCUUCACUACUAUUCCAGUCUUUGCGACUGCCUUUGGAUGUCAUGUAAAUGUACAUCCGAUAAGAGCAGAGCUGGGAAGGCCUUCUGAUAUGAGCGCAGCUGUCCGAAUCUCACUCAUACUGUGUGUUGCAAUAUACUUUUCUGUUGGCUUCUUUGGCUACCUGCUGUUUGGUGAGUCGAUCAUGGCAGACAUGCUAGUAAACUUCGACAAAACUUCAGAUUCUGUCAUGGGCAUCAUUCUCAAUAAUACUGUUAGAUUGAGUUAUGCUAUUCACCUCAUGCUCGUCUUUCCGGUGAUGAACUAUUCUCUAAGGGUCAAUGUUGACGAAUUACUCUUCCCCAAAAAGCCUCACUUGGCUGCGGAAAACAUCAGAUUUUUGUCCCUCACGUGUACGUUGCUUGCAUUAAUAUAUGCAGCAGCUAUAGCAAUUCCAAAUAUAUGGUACUUCUUUCAGUUCAUGGGGACAACAACGGUCAUGUUUCUGAUGUUCAUUUUCCCAAGCUCAGUCGUUCUCAAAGAUGUUCACUGCAUGUCCACAAGGAGGGAUAAGGCUUUGGCAGUGUUGGUGAUCAUCUUGGCUGUGGGGACGAGUUUGAUUGCCAUUUUCUCAAAUUUGUCUGAUUAUUUCGGCUUCAAUUGAUGACGGAAAUAUAUAUAUAUCACCUUCGCCACAAGAAGAUUUAGAGUAACAAUGUUACUGCCUUUUGUCUAAGUUAUUGGGGACAAGGCAUAUUUUUCUUGUGGACAGAUAGGUUUGAAAUAUGGCAUUUGAGAAAUUCAUUACAGCUUUAUCUUCCUCUCUACUUUCUGAUUCAAUGAAACCAGAAAUUCUUCCAAUGUUGAAACUCUCUCUCAUAGUCAUAUACCAGAUCAGCAUCAUCUGAAAAUGGAAUGAAGAAAUUCUUACACA